ACUACUACUUUAUGUUGUUUAUUUCUUUUUAUAUUUUUUAGACCAAGGGUUUUAUUACAUACUUCAUAAAUCGGUCAAUAAAUUUUAAACUUUUAUAGAUUGUGGUUUGAAGUGAAUAUCAAAAGUGGACUAAGUUGUUUUUUGUUUAAUGGGAAAAAAUAGAAUCUGUCUGGUGUAUUUUAAUUAUGCUUUGCAUUCGUAUUUUACUACGUGGGUUGAUUUUAGUUGCUGAUAAUGGACUCGUUGAGGGCAUAGUUACUGAAAUUUAUUCUCUCGUUCCUUUCCGUCGACAUCGAUUUGCUAGGCAUUUUUCCAUCCUAAAUGUAAAAAUUACCUGAAUCUACCAGUGCAGUGCCUGUAACUUGCAUGCACUGCAGAUUGCUUAGAAAGCAUUGAAUUUUUGUACUCCUAUUUUAUUUCCUGUUGUAAUUGUUGCUUGUUGACUACUUGAGGAAAGCGCCUAACAUUAUUAUUUUCUUUGUUAUCGCUUAAUUCUUGCCUAAAAAACUUACUCCUAGCCGAAAUAUUUUUAUUUUUAAAUUUUCAUACACCUUAGUGACCCUAUAUGCAAUUUAUUUCUCGCUUGGCUCUGUGGUGGCGGCAUCGACGACCACGCGUAUUCGAAUUGCUCGCUAUUGGUAGAAUGAUCAUAAUUCGAUAUAUCGUAGAAUGUUCCUCGAGUUGCCAUUUAUUCACUGACGGUGCGUUUCAAGAAGGCUUUUCUGAUGCGUGCCUGUGCUCGUCAGAACUCCUAUGAGAUUUUGUGUUCCUAGACGAAUUGUUUUUGAGCGCCCCGCCGCGGUGAGUGAGGUGUCUGAGUGGGGUUUUUGGACACCUCUUUUGGGUUUUGCUCUCAUUUGUUUUUUUUUUCAUGCUGGAAUCCUUACAUUUUUCUUUCUGUCUCUUGCGGGUGGCCGACGUCUAGUGUAAGCGACCUUAUGUGCGAGUGUCAUUGGUGCUCUUGCUUUUCACGUGUCCCUUCUUAUUCCUUUGCUGCUUUGAGAUGUUAAAGCUGAUUCUUUCUUGUCUGCUUCAGUGGGAUAGCCAUUGGAAACCUUGUAAGUGAUAUUGUUCUCAAGUCAUACCAAGCUUUCAAGCUAUCCAAAAGCUGCCCUCCAAACCCAGAGCUGAAGCGGACAUAGAGCGGCUGCCUAACAUGCUCCCCUGGUCAUACGCGGCAUGUAUUAGAGUUGAGCCCUCAUCUAAAUUUUGUUGGGGCAGUAAACCAUCUGAACAUUAAACUGCCACUUUUGACCCAAGAUUUGUGUAAAAAAUCAAUGUUGGUUUAUUUUGUUGUAUCUUCCAUUUUCUGGCUGCUUCGAAUGAGCAUAGGUUUAUGCUAAGGAUACCAAGGAUGCUGGACCGAUCUUACGUUCCAUCUUGCAAUAGAAUUUCGACAAACUGACACAUUAAUUUUAGUUCCAGCCUCUUUGUGUUCACGUUCAAUGAUUCUGUUAAAUGAAUGCCCUUUGUGUCCACUACAUUAUCAAGAAUUUGUGUUCAUUUUACAGGCAAUUCUUACUUUUUACGACUUCUUAAAAUUGUAACGAACGAGAUCCUCGUGUUUCCGCAGAUUAUUUAUAAAUUUUUCUUGUUAUCCGAGACUACCCCGCUUUGAGGAAUCGCAAUACUAAACCUCUGUGUACCUGCUUCUUAACCUAUUUUCGUUUAAAACUUUGGGAAAUCUGCGUCUAUGCUCAUUAGUAACAUCGUACUUAAUAUUAGAACCUGGCAAAAGUUGUACACUUAGUGUCCUAAAGUUCUAAGUUCUACAGAAGUGUAAUGAGAGGAAGUUUACCAUGUUGGCGAAGUGUGAAGGACGAAGGUAAGUUUCGAAGUGCCAUUUAUGUAUAAAUACUCUAUAUUACGUGUUAAAGUUUUAACUUGAAUGGCCGACACACUCCACAUCAUAUUCAUGUUCUUAAAUUAAUAUCAAUUUAUUGCGCAUGUCAUCGCUUUAUUGGACAUCAUAUCGUCUUGUGAACAACUCGUAUAUCUCAUACGUCGCUGUUUGAGAUCAUCCACAAUGUUCGUUUUGUCUUCGGAUGGCUUAAGCAUACAAGUCUGAAAUGUUCAAGUUCACGGUAUCAGUCUUCUAAUUUUUCUUACUAACGCAAAAUAUUCUAGUAGACGGUGUAAAUUAUCUUCAUUUAGGUACCUCAUAUUUGCAACGGUUUAGCUACUAUGGGACCAUUUGUUUAAUAUUAUAGAUGCUGCACUUUUUGUGUGUGAUUUCGAAAUUGAAUCGAAAGCUCUGCAAGUGCUUGAACCUUUUUUUGCCACUGUACUUUCAUCAAUUUGCUUGCGGCCGAAACUGUGAGGACAAUCUUUUCAGUUUGUUAUUCUUUACAAUUUUAACUAGACGCGCUCAUGCGAGUAUUUAAAUAAUGUUGGCGUCAUUGUUACGAUUUAUGGAAAGUGUUUAGCUUCAUUGAGCUAUCUCGUUUGCCAGUCUUAUUCUUACUAUGGGUUUGUUUAUCUGUAAAACUAUCUUAUCAGAUAAGAAGUGACCUAAUUUUAUCGUCGAUUUCGUAUUUUUUUGCUAUUCGAUCUGACAUACCUUUUCGUGAUUUUUACCGCUAUGUAGACUUUAACGAGGAAAAGUCUUGCCAGGUUGAUAAUGUUUAGUUUGCUCGUAAAAUUUUUGAGAUGUAUGCUCGGGUGAUUCAUCAAUACUGCACUGAACUAUUAUAUUUACGAAGACAAAACUUAUAAGCUUCCAGUGACCUCAACGACAAAAUUAUUGCUAGAUGCGCGUUUUUUCUUCUUGUGAUGUUCACUUACGUAAAGUUCAGAGAGUCGUUCUAUGCCACUUAUUCAGGUUACUCAGGAUGUAAAUUUUAUGGCACCUUCAUGGGUAUAGUGGGUGCGACCAUCAAUGAACUUUUUGUUUGAAUCUUAGCAAGUGGAAGUGUAAAUAUUUCUGUAAAAUUUAAUAUGAAAUUGCACACGCUUUUACUCACUCUUCUCGUGUCAGGUACAGGCAAGAAGCUCUUUGAUGUGCGUGCCUAACUAUAUGUGCCAAUUUUCUAAACUUCGUUUUUACAGUUCGAGGGAGUUGUAUUUGGGCUAGGCUAAGGGCUAGAAGCUUUGUUCGUUGUCUCCAUGAAAUAUUUAAAUUUGUUCAUCUUGUCGCUCCUUAUUAUAGAUUUAUAGUAAUAACCUGAAAACUAAUUUUUCGUGUGCUGACGAAAAUUGUGGUCCUUGUAAAUAUAGUGUAGAGAUGAACGCAUAUUAAUUGUUAAGCGCUUAAUUGUGAAAGCUAUAAAGCUAUAAUUUUGAUUCUGUUUCUUCCUGUGUCUUCAUUGUUGACGAAUCGAGCAUAACCGCACCGCUGAUUUAUACUGUUAACAAAAAUGCGUCUGAAGGCCACUCUUUCUCUGAUAGUAAUAUCUUGUUGAUUUAUUUUUUCCCUUUUCAGUUUUACAAUUACAGAUUCGUUUACAAUUUCACAACGAACGACACUAAAUUGGAUAUUUAAAUUCCGAAUUGUGCACUGAAAUCCAGUGUUGGCUUAUGCGAUUAUGCAACCAAUAUAUCAGUUAUCACAAACGACAAUCAGGCAUGUUCCUUCUACCUAUGAUAAUUAAAGCGUUCGGUUAUGCUUUGUUCGAGUAUUUGUAUUGUAAAAACGCUUAUUUCAUCACACGAGAAGGCAUCGGUUUAAAGAAGGAAUCUUGGCCGCAAAAAUAUCCUCAUGCUUUUCCCUUAUUUUAUUUCUCAUAUGGUAAGAUUUUUUAUUUUUGUUUAAUUUUCCCCCGCCAUUUUCAUGAGCCAUUUACAAUCGACGUACGCGCCAAAAUACCGUUCUUUUUGAAGUAGAUAUACGCAAUGGCGUGUAUGUCGAACUGCUAUCUAUACGCGAGUGGCAGUCAAGCUUAGUCAGGUUCAAGUGAACUCUGAGCUUAUUCUUUAAUCCAAUUUUAACGAUGCAAAACAAAACUGAGACCAUUAGUACCAACAUCCUAUAUUAGUGUUUUGUAAUAAAAUGUAAUGAAACAUUGUAUUCAACUUCAUUUACUUUCAAACUUUACUGUUUCACCGCCUUCUUCCAAUCAAAACCACUAAGGGACCCGAACAACUAAAUAGAAGUUAACUUCGAAGACACAUGGACGUUUUUUUAACUUGGUAACUGACACUAAUCCGAUUAUGGGGUUGAACUAUAUACUAGUUCAACAAUGGGGUGUUCGAUUUUAUGCUACAAUGCAUUUCUAUGGAAACGCGAUGAUGCGAAGAGUGCUUCAUUAUCCCCGCAGCGAUUUGAAUGUUUUCAGUUAGUUGGUAACCAGUGUGGUGUGAGGAUGUGCUUGCUCAGUGUGUUGUAACAGUGGCGGUCAAAUUUUCACGUAUUGACCAUUUGCGUUCGUUAAGUAGUAUGGGUUGCCGUAACAGUAAAACUAUAGACAAAGAAGAAUCAGUGAACAUCGAAUACGUUUUCAAUAAAGGAACGAUUGAUGAGCAAACACAUAAACCGACCAAUGCCAGUCUUGCAGAUCGCAUCAAGUUUGGAACAGAAAACAAGAGAAAUCAAGAAAACAAGAAAUCGCGAAAAUUUGAUCCUAAAAUUACGGCUAAGUACGAAAUAAAAGCCCCGAUUGGCGAAGGCAGUAUGACUGCAGUUUACAGAAUAGAAAAUAGAACUACAAGGGAGCCGUACGCGCUGAAGUUACUAACUAAGCCAGUGGGUUUGCCUGCAAUGAAACGAGAGUGUGAUACAUUAAUUCAUAUAAAAAAUAGGAACACGAUAAAAAUGCACGAAGUACUUGUAGACAAAACUAACACACCCAUCGCUCUGGUCCUAGAGCUGAUGACCGGUGGUAGUUUAUAUAGCAGAAUACACGAAAAAGGAAUUUUUACAGAGAAGAAUGCUGCAAAGGUGUUGAGGCAAGUGCUGAGCGGCGUGGCUUACCUACACAGCUUAGGAAUAACACAUCGAGGAUUAACUAUACAUAACAUCCUAUUCUAUCAUCAAGGAAAAGAUUCAAGAGUGGUUAUUACCGACUUCGCAACCGCUCACACUAAGAAAUCAACGGACGACAUUGAAAUGAGGCGUCGUUGUGGUAGCUGUGAAUACAUGGCUCCUGAGAUAGUCAAACUGCAAAGCUACACGCAGGCUGUUGACGUGUGGGCUGUCGGAGUCAUCGCAUACGCCAUGAUGGCAGCAGAGUUUCCCUUCCCACCCCACGACAAACAAGCCAUGUUUCGAGCCAUUGCUAAAGCAGAGUAUUCCUUGGACUCCCAGAAAGGCCACCGCAGCUCAGGAAACUCCACAGAAGCUCGCCCUGCCAUCGCUUCUCGUCGUCCCGCGGCCGCGGCUAACCCACCCAGCCACCUAGCCGCCGUCCUGAAACAUCCUGAACUUUACAGCAGAAGUUCGUCGUCCCACGUCAUUGCCUGUAAAUACGACUACUCGCUGCAAUUCAAACAAAACAGACAACGAAAUAUGAAUUAG